AUGUCGUCCAACCUAGGAAAAAGAGCUAGGCCCCCUCGUACUCCUCGCGCCUCGUCACCUACACCACAAUCAAAGACCUCGGCACGGAAGCCAGAUCCAGUCAUGGCCUCUCCUGCGCACAAACGCACUCGAAUCGCCUCUAGUCCUGUUGUAGCUGGAAAAGAAAACCAACCACCAUCUACAUCUAAACUGUCCGAAUCUAGAGCUCGUGCUCGUGCUCGCGCUCGCAAGGAAGUGGAUAUUGCCGAAGAUCCCGAGGACGAUGAAGCUAGUGAUCAAGGAAGCGCUGUAACUUCACAAAAAUCUGCCAAACGCUCCGUCCGACUUCCUUCUCCUGUUAAGACACCACCUAAAGAAACCAAGACUCCCAACAAGUCACCUGUCAAACAGUUACCUGACCCUACUUCUGCUCCCAGACUCCCAUCCCUGGUUUCUCGCCUACAACUAACUCCUCCCGCUACUCCCCCCGUUACUGUUCUAAGCCUCCAUGCACGGGCCCGAGCCCUGCUUCGCCCUGGCGUUGGGGAAGUCAUCGGCCGAGACAAAGAAAGGGCUAUCCUGACGAAUUUUCUUACCCCAUUCCUUACCGGAAAGCCGCAGGAACCAACUGACAAAUUGGCGGCUUACAUUUCUGGAGCUCCUGGUACUGGUAAAACCGCACUUGUUAGUGAGGUUUUGCGCACAGUUGCAAAAGACCAAGUCAAAGGAAUAUACGUUAAUUGUACCGGACUUAAGGAGGAAAACUCGGUUUGGGCUCGAGUUCUCGAGGAGGGCGGAUUCCCGCUUCCCAAAGGAAAGGGUAGUGCUGGUUCGGAAAAGAAGAAGUUUGAAAGUGAAUUAUUGAGUCAGAGUAUUAAAUGUGUGGUUGUCCUUGACGAAUUGGAUUUUGUGCUUCGAACUCCCUCAGCUUUGUCGUCCAUAUUCGAUUUGGCUCAGAUCAUCCCUACCUGCCUGCGUAUUAUCGGAAUAUCCAAUACCUUGACCCUCGGUGCCACCGACUCUCAAACAACAACGACAGCAGCAAAUGAUUUUCUCACUCUCGAUGUUUCUCCGUACGUGGCCGAAGACAUUGUCAAGAUUGUCCAAGGGCGACUUUCGACUCUGGAGCCGGCUUCGAGUGGAGAUGCAUCGGCGACAGCUCGUGUAACUGGCGCAUCAUUGGUUAUUGCUCCCACAGCUCUCACUUUCCUCUCGAAGAAGCUUUCCACCCAAACGGGUGACCUUCGGGCCGCAUUGGAUGCAGUCAGGAGGACUAUUGAGCUAGCGGAGCGAGAGGUCAAUCCGUUUGCUCCAUCAACACCAUCCAAAGUUCCAACCACUACUGCUAUUCCGAACCCUGCUGGGAACCCAGGAGUAGCUACCAUGAAACAUGCCUUGGAUGCACUGCGUGGACGAGACGGGCUUGCCGGAGGGCAGGCCGUCGGCACAGCGCGUGGGUUAGGAAUGCAGGCCCGACUCGUGAUGAUUUCGAUUCUUGUCGCUCGGCGCCGCGCUGCCGCAGGACUUGUAAUACUUCCGGUUAAGUCAGUCAACAAUCUGACCCGCACGCCCAGUAAAGCUCCCCCUCGGACGCCAAGUCGUACUAGCCGUGGAUCGCAACAAACAUCACCAAGUAAGCGAUCUCGAGCAGGUGAAUCAGAGCUUUAUGAGGCAUCGGCUCUCCACGCCGCUUACACGGCCAUUCUUACGUCGGAUGGAUUUGCUCGGAGUGCUCGAAACUGGAGGCCUGUCAAGAUUGUAGGGAAUGUAGGCCAAGCAACGCCCAGCAGACGGAAGGCUACCGCCAUUUCCAACGAACCGCUUGUCGGCUUAGCUGAAGGGAUCAGAGAGGAAGACAUUCUUCGCGGACUUGGUAAUGCGGGAGCUGGAGGUACCGCGGGAGUUAAGGAGGAGGAAGCUAUGUCUCUCUGGGACCGUGAGCUCAAACGUUCCAUGCGAGACGUCGAGCGAGUCAAACGGGCAGCAGAGCGAGAAAAGGAGGCUGCUGCAGUCGACGGAUUCGCGGACGCAUGUGCCAAUGACUGA